GAUGAGUGGGAGCUCCGCGAGCGUUGCGGGACCGCCACCCUCCGUGAGACUUCGACUGUGCAUCCGAGUGGUGGGGAGAGGACGAGGCGGCAUGAGGCCAACAUCAAGGAGCGGCGCUUUACAGCUUGGCGGCGAGGUCUUCCCACCCAAGACGGUUUGAUCCGCAUCGUUGGCAUUACGGGGAAUCUUAAGAAGGGUAUGAAGGAGAAUGG